UACUUGCUGCAGCUUUACGCCAAGCAGUUGAAAGAACCGACGCUAAUAGUAAAAAGGAUGUAUUUAUCAUAUCAAUCCCUAGAAAUCAUAUUUCAAAUUCGCUUGAAAGUUUAUCAAUACUUUGUUGA